UAACAGAAGUGGUACAAGAUAGCAUCACAUCGAGUCAAUUCAACGUGGUGGGAUCCGGUGUUGGCACCAUUGAGAGACUUGGAGUCGGGAGCAACUGGAGGUGUGAAUGAUUUAAGAAACAGCCAAAUCAUUUCUAAGCAAUCCAAAGUGAGGGAUUCAUUUUUCCCUACUAGGAGCUCUAUUGAGGAUAUUGAGUUGGAAACUAGAGCAUUAACUGAACCUCUUCCUACCAAUCAGCAGGCCUACAAAAGUCACCCACUUUAUGCCAUAGAAAAAUGGUUGACAAAGUAUCAAGUACUUCAUCCAAAGGGUCCAAUACUGGGCUUUUGUUCAGGUCACCCAGUUUAUCCUAGGACUUGUGUGCAAACAGUUAAGACAAAAGAUAGGUGGCUGCGAGAAGGACUUCAAGUUAAACCCAAUGAAUAUCCUGUGAAGGAACUUCAACGUUCCAUAAAGCCUCAAAAAGUAGAAGAUUCUGAAGCUGAUGACUAUGGCUGCAAUGAUUCUAUGGACAAAAUCAAACUUUAUGGGAAGUGGCAACUGGAACCGUUAAAUUUGCCUCAUGCAGUGAAUGGGAUAGUUCCCAAGAACGAACGAGGUCGAGUAGAUGUUUGGUCUGAAAAAUGUCUUCCACCAGGGACUGUACACUUAAGGUUUCCAAAGGCCUUUUCUGUUGCCAAGAGACUUGAAAUUGAUUAUGCGCCUGCUAUGAUUGGUUUUGAAUUUAAAAAUGGUCGUUCAUAUCCUGUCUUUGAUGGUAUUGUGGUGUGUUCCGAGUUCAAGGAUGUACUGCUGGAGGCUUAUGCAGAGGAAGAAGAAAGGCGACAAGCUGAAGAAAAGAAAAGGGAUGAAACACAGGCUCUUAGUCGGUGGUACCAACUUCUUUCUUCUAUUGUAACUCGUCAAAGAUUAAAUAAUCGUUAUAUUAGUAACAGUUUGCCUUCAGAGAUGCCAACUGGUGGCCAGUGUAUAAAUAAUGAGUCAAGUGUCACAGUUAGUGAGAAUUAUGACAAGAAUCAUAACGUAAGACACCAACAACAGGUGGACCAAUGUGAUAUUACUAGUCUUGAUGCAUCAUUAAGUCCUCCAGUAAAAGAUCACGAACAUGUGUUUUUAAAAGAGUUGGAGAGCUUUGACAGGGAAACCUCUUUAUUGACAAAGCGAUGUCAGUGUGGAUUUUCAGUACAAGUUGAAGAAUUGUAGUAUUCGUUAGAAGAUAAUUUCAUGUUUAGAUCUUAAUUCUCUGUCCAUGGUGCUACAAUCAACGCAAGACAUUUUUUCCCCUUCAGUUUUGUAGUUUUUGGAGCUCAAGUUGUUGUUAAUUAGUGACUUGGUAGUGAAUAGCUCUGAUUAAACAACUUGGCUGUAAGAUAUAGGCUUAACUAAUUCCUAAAAAAAUCAUGCUUAUAGUAUAAAA